CUAAUCAAUCCCUUUACCUGUUUUUCAAGUUACAUGAGGCCAAAGGUUUAAAUGGUUAGGGUUUAAAUGAGGAUGAGAAAUGGGAGGAUGAUAAAAAGGUUAAGAAACAGGGUACUGUGGGAAAAACAAGAGGUGAAGGAAUGAUAAAAAGGUUAGAAAAAAGGGUAGAAUGGAAAAGUUUAGGGGUGAACUUUGAGAGGGUGUAGGUGAACUUAGAAGACAGAUCAAGUGGGAGAACAAGUGGUUGAAACUAGAAUUGAAAUGCAUUCUUGAUACAAAGAAUUGCUGGGGAUGAAUAGAUGGUCCAGGAUAUUUAAUCCCAAAUUUAAUUUUUGCGACAAUUAUAAGGUUCAAUCUAUUUAUGAUUAGGAAUUAAAAGAAUCAAUGAUAGUGAUAAUCCUAUCACAAUAAUCAAGAUAUCAUAUAUACUUGGAAACCAUCUAUGAAACUUUCAUAGAUGUAAAAUCAUGACUCUAGUUGACUAUUGAUUAAAUCCACUAAAUGUGAAAAGCAACAGUUUUUACUUGAUCUAGACACAACCAUAUUCUCAAGAGACUUACAUGAGCCAAUAACCAUAUUCUGCUUUCAUGUUUUUAAUGUAGCAUCUUAUGCUACUUAGGAAAUCACUUCAAAGCUAUAUGAGGCAUGCGGAUUGGCACACCACAUCGCCUUUUGAUCAAAUGUACUUUCAAGAUUAGUCUUGAAAGAUAGUUGAGAGUUAGAGUUCAAGGCAAAGUAAUAACAAUAUAUUUCAAUUAAGCACAUGUGUCCACUCAUAAAGAAUUAGCCUCAGAUAUUUAUGGACGCUUUUUUUGUGUUUGCAAGGUAAAUUAGUGAAUAGGGAGGUAGAUGACAAGGGAGCGUGUAUGGUCAUGAAGGUUGACAAAUUUUCAGUUAAAACUUUCUAUGAUGGGAUGGUUCAAAGGGGUUUAGAAUCUUUCUCGGAAAUGGUUAUUUGAAAUUCUUGGGCUCUAAUAAAAGUGAGUUUUUUCAUUUGGGAAGCAACAUGGAAAGGAAUUUCAACUAUGGACGUCUUGAAGAGGAGAGGGUGGACAUCAGUGAAUAGAUGUUUUCUAUGCAAAGGCGAGGAGGGAUCUUGCGAUCACAUCCUUCUUCAUUGUUCUAAGGUAUCCCACAGACUGGAUGACUUAAAGCUUCAUGAAUCUCUUCAAUCACUGGUUGAUUCAAUACUGGAUUUGAUGGAAAAGUGUCGUCAGUUUGCUAUGUUGGAUGAGGUUUCAGUGAAAGCAUUAGAAAAGUCAAUGCCUGAUGAAGGCAAUGGAUCUCAUUGUGACGAAGAUCAUUUUUUGUACACACAGCAUGAAGCUGGUCAUUUUCUAGUUGGCUACUUGCUCGGGGUUCUUCCACGAGGAUAUGAAAUACCAAGCAAAGAAGCUUUAAGGCAAGAUAGAUUUGCUGCAGGGAGAGUGGAGUUUGUGGGAUUUGAGUUCCUUAGAGAAGUUAGAACAACAGAGAUAGUAGAGAAAAAAUUCAGUAAAGGGAAAUCCAAAAAAGGCAAAAUUUCUUCCAAGACCUUAAACAGGUUUUCAUGUGUAAUAGUAGCAGGAUUGAUAGCAGAGUACCUAGUAUUUGGAUACUCUGAAGGGCUUCAUUCUGAUGUUGAACAGCUGGACGAAGUGCUCAAGUGGCUGGGCUUCUCAGAGAGUGAAGCUUACUCCCAAAUGAAAUGGGCUGUACUGAAUACUGUUUUGAUAUUGAGUCGUCACCAUGAAGCUAGAUUAAGACUGGCAAAGGCCAUGGCAUUGGGAAAACCAGUAGGCUACUGUAUUGAUACAAUAGAGAAUGUUAUAAAGGAAGUAAUUUAGGAUAUAGAUCGACUUUACAUUAUCACAAGGAAGAUGAAGAAAUGAAUGUCUCAAAGAUUGAGGUGGAACCAAGGAAGCCAGGCAUUUGGUAUUGACUAAUGAAAAUCACAAACAGGCAGAGCCAUCAGCCAUCGUUUGUGUAGGUUUGAUUACCCUCCCUGCUGUUUAAUAUAUCAGAUAACUAAAAAAUUUCUCCACUCCAAUGGUUAAAUAUGGUAGAUCUCCCAUUGUAACUUGAUAGAUGGAUUAUUGCUACAUUGCAUUUGGGGGGUUGGCUACUCAGACUCGAGCUCACAUAAACUUCUAUUCUGAGUUGUGCAUGCCUGUUCCUGACCAGUCCCAGAUUGUGGGCAAGAAAUUUCCUUCAUGGCAUGAUUGCAAUGAUGAAGAAUAAACAUUCACAAUUUUCACUU